GCGGGCUUUAGAACCGCCAAGACACCCGAAUCUGCCGUCUUACCUAUACGAAGAGAACAGAGCUGGACGUCCGCCACAGAGAGUUGUUCACCCAGCCAGCCUCAAGAGCCAGUGAUUGCAGUGGAUGAUCAAGUCAUGGCUCCAAGUGGAGGUGAAAUUCUGGUGCUGCUUCUACUAGUUCCAACACACUGUUUUGCACAAGAGAUUCUCCAUGCUCCCGAGAGUACAACUGUCUUUCUAAACCAACUAGCAGUUUUUACAUGUGAGACAAGAGGUGGUAUAACUUCGUGGAGACUCAAUGGAACACAGCGAGAAAUCCUUCUACUUGACAUACGUAGUGACCUGGUUAUCUCAGAAAAGAGCACUACUUCUGAAGGCACUGCAGUGCACAAUCUGACCAUCCUAGCCAGAGCCCAGUACAAUGGAACUAGAGUUCAGUGUCUGUCUGUGAUAAUUGGUGGCCCCUUAGUGGAGAGUGACAAUGUCACAUUGACCAUUCAAGGUCCACUGUCAGCAGUAGGUGACUUGAAAUUUGAUGCUAAAAAUGCCAGUUCAGCGACCAUCUCGUGGAGUGCUCCAUUCUCUCUGGAUGUGACUGGUGUUGAUCCUGAUAUCUGGUACUCUGUCCUCAUCUACAAUGUGACAGAUGAGAACACCCAAACAGCCAUCCUCUGUACUGACUGUAUCAAUAUACACUAGACACACUACACCUUCACUCCUGACUACCUCAGUCCUUGUCAUGUGUACAACUUCUCUGUCAUCCCUCUGAAUGGAGCUGGCCAGGGAGAGAGGAGUCCCAACAUUACUGGAUAUGUUUUAAACGUGUCAGCACUUAUAAAGACUCAUAUCCGAGCUAUCUCUAGGAACGAGACCAAUGUUACAUUUACGAGUAAUCCCACCAGUGAACUUUGUAGUAGCUGGAGGGUCACUCCUGAUGUAGUGGAUGAUCGUGUCAUUGAAGAGCCACCAUCACCAGAAGGACCAGAUGUCACCUACCAACUCCUUGCUGACAAUAGAUAUUCAUUCCUGGUGUCCCUUCCUAAUGCCACUGAUGAAGUAGCCCACCCGCGGAUCAAUUUCACUACAUAUGAUGUCCAGAGUGCUGCCGCUGACACCACCAAGGGUACCGAUAAUGGGUUCACUUUUACUGGAGAGUUCAUUGAGAGCACAACAGCUCAGGGAUGUUUCAUAGUUUUAGAAUCUGAAUAUGGAAAUCCUGAUGUAUUCAGAGCCCUACUACUGCCAGAUGACUCCAGCACUUAUGUACCGCAGAGUAUUAUGAUAACAUUUUCUCUUCACCGUAUCAUGUGUUUGUCUAUGACCUGAGGAGAUGGACUGACUAGCAGCAUCCUGCUGUGAACAGAGCACUACUGUCACUGUUAUGGGCACAGUGAGGUGUCUGCUGUAUUAGUGGUACAUUUGCCUUUUAUCAAUUCUAUAUGCAGGUCCGCAUCGCUGAUGCCAGAAUCUCAAUUUCUAACAAUGGCAGUGGUUGACUGGACAUGAAACAGCACAGUGUGAAUUGAGUGCAUUGUAAGUUCAAAGACUGUAAUAGAGAGAGCCUCAUGUGUCCGGG